AUGAACAGGCAGCCAAACGUGCGGCAGGACGACGCUCUGAGUCGUGCUCGGAGACGCAAGGCUCACCGGGCCCAGGAUCUCGUCUGGAUCCUUGGCGGAAGACCGAUGACCAUCCUGUCGUGGAGGGAGGACCCCUUGAAGGCUUGCGGCAGUGAAGACGUGGCUUGGCUCUCGAAACGGUGGUGGAAGAGGGCUCCCACCGGCCCUGACGGCGCGGCUCCCGGCCGCGCGCGGGACUGCCGCCGCCUCGCGGGCUCGCCGGCCGGGCCUGGGCUGGGCGGGCCGGGCCGGGCUGGGCGGCCGGCAUAUGAGGCGGCGGCCGGGACUGCCUCGGCCGCCGGGCUGGUGGCGCCGGGCCGGGGCUGUACGUGGGAGGAGCGGGGCUUCAUCAUGCCUUUGGACCUUGGGGCGAAGGGCAGCUGCCACAUUGGGGGGAAUGUGGCUACCAACGCAGGCGGCCUGCGGUUCCUGCGAUACGGCUCCCUGCGGGGGACGGUCCUGGGCCUGGAAGUGGUGCUGGCCGACGGAACCGUCCUGAACUGCCUCACGUCUCUGCGGAAGGACAACACGGGCUACGACCUGAAGCAGCUCUUCAUUGGGUCAGAGGGCACCCUGGGGGUCAUCACGGCCGUGUCCAUCCUGUGUCCACCCAAGCCCAGCGCUGUGAAUGUGGCCUUCCUCGGCUGCCCGGGCUUUGCCGAAGUGCUGCAGGCCUUCCGUACCUGCAGGGCGAUGCUGGGCGAGAUCCUGUCCGCAUUUGAGUUCAUGGAUGCUGAGUGCAUGAAGCUGGUCAGGCUCCACCUCGGUCUCUCCUGCCCCGUGCAAGAAAGCCCCUUCUACGUCCUCAUUGAGACGGCGGGCUCCGGGCCGGGGCAUGACGCUGAAAAGCUGGGCUGCUUCCUGGAGCAGGUGCUGGAUUCAGGGCUGGUGACCGACGGGACCCUGGGCAGCGACGAGAGGAGGAUCAAGAUGCUGUGGGCACUCAGGGAACGGAUCACCGAGGCCCUGAGCCGUGACGGCUACGUGUACAAGUACGACCUCUCGCUGCCUCUGGACAGGCUCUACGACCUCGUGGGUGACUUGCGUGCCCGGCUCGGCCCGAGCGCCAAGCACGUGGUGGGCUACGGCCACCUGGGGGAUGGCAACCUGCACCUCAACGUGACGGCCGAGACCUUCAGCGCAUCCCUGCUGGGCGCCCUGGAGCCCUACGUGUAUGAGUGGACGGCGGGGCAGCGGGGCAGUGUUAGCGCCGAGCACGGCCUGGGCUUCAAGAAGAAGGACGUCCUCGGCUACAGCAAGCCCCCCGAGGCGCUGCAGCUCAUGCGGCAGCUCAAGGCCCUCCUGGACCCCAAGGGCAUCCUGAACCCCUACAAGAUGCUGCCCACCCACGCCUGACGGCCCCCUGCAGCCAGACUGGGGGGCCUCCAUCUGGUCUUGGCGUUGCCCGUGGGGUGGCCCCGCAGAGCCUGCAGCAGGCUGGACGACUGGCCGCUUGGUCCAGGGGGCCAGAGCUCAAAGCCCAGGCCACACGGCUCUCUCGGCAGGAGUCUCCCAGAGCCCCGCUGUUCUGUUGGGUGGACAGAGAGCUGUCCAUCCACUAUGCCUGCCUGCUGGACAGACAUGCCAUCCCUCCGCAGGUCCUGGACAGGCUGGGUGGGCGCAUGGUUCUGCCCACUCGGGGUCAACCAGGUCACCCCUGGUUGCCUGUGGCCCGUGGGAUCCUGCCUUGUGGGGUACAUCCCUGAGAGGGCAGUCGUCCCACUGGUCCCCCACUUGGCGCAAGCCUCUGAGGGGCCUCAGGCAGAGGGGACGAGCUCCACGUGGGUGAUGGGGCAGAGGCGGGUCCAUUCACGCUCUGACCAGCAGAGCCGAGACAUCAAGCAGUUUCUGGACGACAGCUGGUCCCUUUUGAGCCAGAGGAACAGGCGUGCCCACCCUGGGUAUGUUGCGUCCCUGUUUGCUAGAAGGCCCAGAGGUUCAGAAGCCAGCCACCCGUUUCCCACACUUGCUGUGACGCGUCCAUGGAGAUGUCUUUCCGGUUCUGCUCUGACCACAAACGUCAGUAGCGCUGGGUGAGAAGCCCCGCCAGCCACAGGCAUCCUGUCACCCCAAGCGGGUGCUCCCCUGGGGCAGCUGCUGGGGCUUGGAGACAGUCUGAGAGGCUGCACUCGCCUUCUUUCUGGUGCCGUGAGCUUCUAAUAAAAGUGUAGUUAGCCAGCA